AUGUCCAGCCAGGACCUGAGCAUCACGGCAAAACUCAUCAAUGGAGGUGUAGCAGGUCUCGUGGGGGUGACUUGCGUGUUUCCUAUCGACCUCGCCAAGACCCGACUGCAGAACCAGCAGGGGAAAGAUGUGUACAAAGGAAUGACAGAUUGCCUGAUGAAGACGGCGCGUGCCGAGGGCUUCUUGGGCAUGUACCGAGGGGCUGCAGUAAACCUCACGCUGGUCACUCCAGAGAAGGCAAUCAAGCUGGCAGCCAAUGACUUCCUGCGGCAGCUUCUCAUGCAAGAUGGGACGCAGCGGAACCUGAGGAUGGAGAUGCUGGCCGGCUGUGGGGCUGGAAUAUGCCAGGUGGUGAUUACCUGUCCCAUGGAAAUGCUCAAGAUUCAGCUGCAGGAUGCUGGCCGCUUAGCUGUCUGUCAUCAGGCUCCCGCCUCAGCCACGCCCACCUCCCGGCCCUACAGCACUGGCUCGGCCUCCACCCACAGGCGCCCCUCGGCCACCCUCAUCGCCCGGGAGCUGCUCCACACUCAGGGCCUCUCAGGGCUCUACAGGGGCCUGGGUGCCACUCUCCUCAGGGACAUUCCCUUCUCCAUCAUCUACUUCCCUUUGUUUGCCAACCUGAACCAACUUGGGGUCAGCGAGGUCACCGGCAAGGCCUCCUUCACGCACUCCUUCGUGGCAGGCUGCGCAGCGGGUUCUGUGGCGGCGGUGGCGGUCACUCCUCUGGAUGUUCUGAAAACGCGAAUCCAGACCCUCAAGAAAGGCCUGGGUGAGGACACGUACAGCGGAGUGACUGACUGUGCCAGGAAGCUCUGGACGCAGGAGGGAGCAGCGGCCUUCAUGAAGGGGGCGGGCUGCCGCGCCCUGGUCAUAGCCCCGCUCUUCGGGAUCGCCCAAGGCGUCUACUUCAUUGGCAUCGGAGAGCGCAUCUUAAAAUGCUUUGAGUGAUCUAAGAUGUCACUUCCUGCAGUCACCUCUGGCCCUGGGGAACUAGGUGGCAGUGCUGGAGGUGUAAGACGCCCACCCUGACAUGUGUGGUCUCUAACUUGUAGUGCUACCUCAGGAGAAAUGACCCAGUUUACUAAGCAAGUAGAGCCCUCGUCGCCUUUAUGAAAACUAAACUUUGUGGUCCUGCCUACAAGGGACGUUCAGGAGCCCCAGCCACCUGUGUCUAACCCUCGACUCAGCCCCGAGUGCUACGGCAGGACCAUGUGCAGCAAGACAGAGGGCUGCAGCAUUCUAACCUUCCCACUGCAGGCAGGCCUGGCAUGGGACUGCAGGCUGCGGCUUCAGUGUCAGCCCUAGUCCUGGUGCCCCAACACAGAAGUGCGCCUGGGCUGAACCCUGCGCUGCCCCGCCCACCCCAGAGCAUCACCAACAGCACAGUGAGUCUGAACGAGCACUCUGGCCGCCUCGGCACGGCCCUGCCCGGUUACCCAUCCUGAAGGGUGGGCAGACACCCCAGUAGAUGCUUGUGGGACAUGAUUUGAAAUAAAGCCGGCUAAAU